UUUCAGCAGAUCACCACAUCUCAUUUUUCUUGUCAUUACAGACGUCAAAAAUUUUUCAAAUGUUAUAUUGUCUAAAAUGGCGUAUUCUAUGUUCGAAUGUCCCAAAUUACACAAUGCAAGGUCCCUGAAACUGUAUACAGAGGAAUGUGAACAUCACUUAUCUUUUCGUCACAAAAAAUUACCCCCAGAUUUCGACCUGGAUCGUUACCACACCCAAAAUUUAAGACAGUCAGCAGACAGUGAUAGUUACUCAAUUCAAGCUCACACUUCGCGACAUAAGAGAUGUCCCAUUUACAACCACAUUUACGUCAGUGUGAGCGAUCAAAAUGACGGUGAUUUUGUCCCUAAAAACCGCAAAAAGAUCAAAACCAAGUCGAAGAAGUCAGUCAUUGAGAAACUGGAAGAAACGUAUUGGGCAAACUGGAAACCGGACAAAAAUAAAUCCAAGCAAAAAUUUAUCGACUCAAUGAGCAACAGGAAGUCGUUGGAAAUUCAAGUGAUCAAAAGCGCCUCUGAUAAAAGGCGCAGAAAAAUUCUAGUGUACCCCUGCCCUGGAGACCAUCUCGACGAGACCCAAAUUGAAAAAAUUAAAAUCACGAGUAAGUCACAAGAAAUCCAAACUGAUGAUAUUCCCGAAACUCCUAAAUUGAAAGAAGAUGCGGAGGCUGGCACUGAAGAAAUUUUGGUGGAGAAAAAGUCUGAGGAAGAGCUCGAGGAUAACAAGUUUUUAAAACACACUGACUCCUUCAUACUCAACUUGAAGAAACAGCACGAGGAGAAGGAAAGUUUCGACCAACCCAAAUGUAUCAGACUGUACAAAAAGCCGGCAAAAUUGACGUCGAAAAAUUACAUCAGAGGGGGCUCCUACCCCUUAAAAUCAUGCCUGAAGAAAGACAGCAGUUUCAGUAAGGGGAGCCACCGAUUGGGGCGUCCAGGAAGCCCCAUAAUCAUCUCCAGCAACUUCAGCAGUAAAACCAAAUACAUCAGAACUCACCGGCAUUAAAUUUCACCAAAUAAAAGAUUGAAAAAUU